UCUCUCUGCAAAGACCCAGAAGUCCAGGCAGGAGCGAUAGCAGCCUCUUCCACAGAGGACAGCCUCUGCCUCCAUCCUGCAGCUGAUCCCAAGGCUGAUGCCCAGUUCCUUGCACGCCUCACUGCUCUCCCUGCCCAGGUCAUGAGGGAAGGCCGAGCCCGGCGAUGACCGGCAUAGACCGAAGGGACCAGUUUGAGCAGAGGUUCCUGGACCGCUCCUGCAUCUGCCAUGGUGGGGAUGAAUUGUGGCUCCUGAUCUCUCCCUCGCUGGCUCUGGCACCCAUGUCUGCCAAAGGCACUGCUUUCUGACCCGCUUCUUCCUUCUUCUGGGACCUCUUCCUCUCUGCGUGGCUCACGAUGGGAGGAUGCUUCUCCAAACCCAAACCAGGACCGGAUAACUCGCGCCCAAAUGUUUUAAAAGAAUUGGCUGAGGAGCUUUCUGAACCGCUGAGGCUGAUUUUAAGUAAAUCAUGGAAUACUGAGGAUAUUUCAGAGGACUGGAUAAAGGCUGAUGUCAGUGUCCCAGUGUUUAAAAAAAGUAAACGGACUGAACUCGUUGAAGUGAAAAUCGAAGUGGUGCUGCCAGAGAAGGAGAGAGCCAAGGAGGAGAUGUCACCCAACGGGAAAGCCAGCCCCAUCAUCUACAAAGCCAAUGGCACUUCUCGGCAUUUCCAGCUCGAGGAAUACCCGGUCGCCAUCAACCCCUACCGGAACCUGAAGGACGUGGUUGAAGCCUCUGUUUGUUACGUGAAGGACCUCGACAAUGGACAGAUGCGAGAGGUGGAUCUGGGCUGUGGGAAAGCACUUCUGGUCAAAGAAAACGGGGAGUUCUAUGCCAUGGGCCACAAAUGUCCUCACUAUGGUGCUCCCUUGGUGAAAGGGGUUUUGUCCAAAGGACGUAUCCGCUGUCCCUGGCAUGGGGCUUGCUUUAACAUCGGCACAGGUGACAUUGAAGACUAUCCAGGCUUGGACAGCUUGCCGAAAUUUCAGGUGAAAAUCGAGAAAGAGAAAGUGUACAUCAGAGCAAGCAAACAGGCUCUUCAGACACAGAGGCGGACCAAGGUGAUGGCCAAAUGCAUCUCCCUCAGCAACUAUAACAUCAGCAGCACAAACGUACUCAUCAUCGGGGCAGGCCCCGCAGGACUGGUGUGUGCGGAGACGUUACGGCAAGAAGGCUUCUCGGAUAGGAUUGUGAUGUGCACGAUGGACAGGAACUUACCCUAUGACAGACCCAAACUAAGUAAGUCGAUGGAUUCUCACCCCGAUCAGAUUGCCUUGCGACCGAAGGAAUUCUUUCGUACGUAUGACAUCGAGGUCCUGACAGAAAUGCAGGUGGUGGCUGUGGACGUCAAGAACAAGACAGCCGUAUUUAAGGACGGGUUUAAAAUGGAGUAUAACAAGCUGCUACUUGCCACUGGGAACACGCCCAAAACCCUUAGCUGCAAAGGCAAGGAAGUGGAGAACGUUUUUAACAUCCGGACGGUGGAGGACGCCAACCGAGUGGUGAAGCUGGCCACCAGCAAGAACGCAGUGGUGGUCGGAGCCUCUUUCUUGGGCAUGGAAGUUGCUGCUUACCUCACGGAGAAGGCGCAUUCCGUCUCCGUGGUGGAGCUGGAGGAAGUUCCUUUCAAGAAAUUCUUUGGGGAGAAGGUUGGCCGAGCCAUCAUGAAGAUGUUUGAAAACAAUCGGGUGAAAUUCUACAUGCAGACGGAAGUCUCGGAACUGCGGGAACAGGAGGGCAAGCUAAAGGAGGUUGUGCUGAAAAGUGGCAAAGUCCUCCGAGCUGAUGUCUGCGUCAUAGGCAUAGGUGCAACCCCAGCGACGGGCUUCUUGAAGCAGAGUGGCAUUAACGUGGACUCCAAAGGUUUCAUCGUGGUGAAUAAGAUGAUGCAGACCAGCAUCCCAGGAGUUUUUGCAGCCGGCGACGCUGUUGCAUUUCCGCUGGUGCUGAGGAACAACAAGAAGGUGAACAUCCCUCAUUGGCAGAUGGCUCACAUGCACGGACGCAUUGCUGCGCUGAACAUGUUGGCACACGGGACCGAAAUCAGCACAGUCCCCUACCUGUGGACAGCCAUGUUUGGCAAGAGCAUCCGCUACGCAGGCCAUGGAGAGGGGUUUGAUGACGUCAUCAUUCAGGGGGACUUGGAUGAACUGAAGUUUGUGGCAUUUUACACCAAGAAUGAAGAGGUGCUCGCCGUGGCAAGCAUGAACUACGAUCCCCUGGUCUCCAAAGUUGCAGAUGUCAUGGGAGCCGGCAGGGCCAUCCGGAAACGAGAUGUGGAGCUCUUCAUCCGCUAUGGCAAAACUGGAGACAUGUCCUGGCUAUCCGGAAAGGGUUCCUAACAUCCCCAGAAAUCGCUGGCUUCCUACAGACCCUGCAGUCACCAGAGGGCAAGAUG